CGCGACAACGAUCCACACGCGUUUUGCAGCAGCCGAAAAACAAAAAAGAAGACCACAGCCAGUAAGCGAGGAAGAUCCAGACAAUCAUUCUUGUCGCAGAUAGAUCUGGUUUGGUUACAGUGCAGUGCCUCCUCUCUACCGGCAAAGUUGGUUUCUGGUAAGGUUUUGGGUGCAAAUGGGACAUGGGUUCCGCAGUUUUAAUUGACACGGUGUAUGGCAAAUUUUGAGUGGAAUGGAUAUUUAAGCAUUCUUGUAGGAUUGAGGGCUUGUUUUGGUUCAAUAUUGGGUUUUGAAAUAUGCAAGCUAAAGCUUGGAGAUGGAUUUUAGGUUUGGUAUACAUAGUUGCGGUUGCAACUAUCUGGAUAGCUGCUAGUUUUGUGGUUCAAUCAGUUGUUGAUUCUGGGGUUUCACCAUUUCUAAUUACAUACAUUUGCAAUUCAUUGUUUGUGGUUUACAUUCCCCUAGUUGAAAUUGGGCGCUAUUUGGAGGAUACUUACGGUGGUUUAUUUUUCUGGAGGAAUAAAAAGAGUAGCCCUUUACAAGAACUGGGAGAGUCAGAGCAGCUCAUUCUUCUGGAAGAGAGUGAUUUAGGUGCACAAGCUGAUGGGUUGGAUUCAUUUACUAUCGUGGAUGAGGGAGGAAACAGUCCUCAUGGAGAUGGUGUUGAUUCAGAAGUGGAAUCUAUGUCAUAUGGAGUUGAAAGAACUUUACCUGUAGAGGCUAGUGAAGGAGUUGAUGCCAAAAGACGAUGGACACGUACUAGAGUCGCGAAGGUCAGCCUGCUAAUCUGCCCAUUUUGGUUUUUUGCCCAGUUGACUUUCAAUCUAUCAUUGAAGUAUACUACUGUGACGUCAAAUACCAUUUUAAGCACUGCGUCCAGUCUUUUUACCUUUUUGGUCUCUUUGGCAUUCUUGGGUGAAACAUUCACUUGGGUGAAGCUUCUAAGUGUUCUUCUCUGCAUGGCUGGAACUAUAAUUGUCAGCUUGGGUGACUCAAAAACCGGUUUAAGUGCAAUUGCUUCAAACCCUCUUCUUGGAGACUUUCUUGCUCUCAUCUCAGCAGGGUUUUACGCUGUGUAUAUUACACUUAUUCGCAUGAAAUUACCUGAUGAUGAUGAUGGAAAAGAUGGUCAUGCCAGUAUGGCACAGUUUCUUGGAUAUUUAGGGCUUUUCAACCUGUUCAUUUUUCUUCCUGUUGCUCUUGUACUGAAUUUCACCAAGUUAGAGCCUUUUAAUAUCCUUACCUGGAAGCAGUUUGGUCUAAUUGUUGGCAAAGGUUUAUUAGAUAAUGUGCUGAGUGACUAUUUAUGGGCAAAGGCUGUUCUUUUGACAACCACCACAGUUGCAACAGCUGGUCUUACAAUUCAGGUCCCCUUGGCAGCCAUAGUGGAUUCACUAACAGGCAAUGCCCCAGGCAUCAUGGACUACCUUGGAGCCAUAGCCGUGAUGAUUGGUUUUGCUGGAAUCAACAUUCCUUCUGAUUCUUUUAGCCGGUCUGGAGAAGCGAGUAUUGAAUCGAAAAAUCAAAAUGUUAGGUCAACUCAUCAAGAUCAGUCAUCAACCCCUCAAGGAACAGUAGGGAUUUCCUAGCAUAAACAUACACUAAUCUUUACAGUAAGUUACAAGCAUAAAUACAUACCAGCCAUAGUGUUUCUUGGAGUAGUUGAAAAUGUAACAUGGAUCUUCUGAUUCUUUAGCUUCAAAAAAGAAAUUGCUCGCAGAGUGAAAAAUGUAUUAUCUUUAAAGGGAUGGGUACCCUGCCCCUUUUUCUCACAGCUCAUUACUGUCAAUUUGUAUUUUUAUUAUUCUUUUAGUGUCAUAUACCAAAUAAAUAUUAUGAUAUUAUUAUUAUUAUUAUUA